CCGCGGCCGCCUGUGCCGCCCCCAGCGCCGGAGCCAUGGCGGGCGCCGCGUCCCCCUGCGCCAACGGCUGCGGGCCCGGCGCGCCCUCGGACGCCGAGGUGCUGCACCUCUGCCGCAGCCUCGAGGUGGGCACCGUCAUGACUUUGUUCUACUCCAAGAAGUCGCAGCGGCCCGAGCGGAAGACCUUCCAGGUCAAGCUGGAGACGCGGCAGAUCACGUGGAGCCGUGGCGCCGACAAGAUCGAGGGGGCCAUUGACAUUCGAGAAAUCAAGGAGAUCCGCCCGGGGAAGACCUCACGGGACUUCGAUCGCUACCAAGAGGAUCCUGCUUUUCGACCGGACCAGUCGCACUGCUUUGUCAUCCUGUAUGGAAUGGAAUUCCGCCUGAAGACCCUGAGCCUACAAGCUACGUCUGAGGACGAAGUGAACAUGUGGAUCAAGGGCCUGACUUGGCUGAUGGAGGAUACGUUGCAGGCGGCCACACCCUUGCAGAUUGAGAGGUGGCUGCGGAAGCAGUUCUACUCAGUGGACCGGAAUCGUGAGGAUCGUAUAUCAGCCAAGGACCUGAAGAACAUGCUGUCCCAGGUCAACUACCGGGUCCCCAACAUGCGCUUCCUCCGAGAGCGGCUGACGGACCUGGAGCAGCGCACCAGCGACAUCACCUACGGGCAGUUUGCUCAGCUGUACCGCAGCCUCAUGUACAGCGCCCAGAAGACGAUGGACCUCCCCUUCCUGGAAGCCAGUGCCCUGAGGGCGGGGGAGCGGCCGGAGCUCUGCCGGGUGUCCCUUCCUGAGUUCCAGCAGUUCCUUCUCGAGUACCAGGGGGAGCUGUGGGCUGUCGACCAGCUCCAGGUGCAGGAGUUCAUGCUCAGCUUCCUCCGAGACCCCUUGCGAGAGAUCGAGGAGCCUUACUUCUUCCUGGACGAGUUUGUCACCUUCCUGUUCUCCAAGGAGAACAGCAUAUGGAACUCGCAGCUGGACGCCGUGUGCCCCGACACCAUGAACAACCCCCUGUCCCACUACUGGAUCUCUUCCUCGCACAACACGUACCUGACCGGGGACCAGUUUUCCAGCGAGUCCUCCCUGGAAGCCUACGCCCGCUGCCUGCGGAUGGGCUGUCGCUGCAUCGAGUUGGACUGCUGGGACGGUCCAGACGGGAUGCCAGUCAUUUACCACGGACACACCCUGACCACCAAGAUCAAGUUCUCAGACGUCCUGCACACCAUCAAGGAGCAUGCCUUUGUGGCCUCAGAGUACCCGGUCAUCUUGUCCAUCGAGGAUCACUGCAGCAUCGCCCAGCAGAGGAACAUGGCCCAGUACUUCAAGAAAGUGCUCGGGGACACGCUUCUCACCAAGCCUGUGGACAUUGCUGCUGACGGGCUCCCCUCACCCAGCCAGCUCAAGAGGAAGAUCCUCAUCAAGCACAAGAAGCUGGCUGAGGGCAGUGCCUAUGAAGAGGUGCCUACGUCCGUGAUGUACUCUGAGAACGACAUCAGCAACUCCAUCAAGAACGGCAUCCUCUACCUGGAGGACCCCGUGAAUCACGAGUGGUAUCCCCACUACUUCGUUCUGACCAGUAGCAAGAUCUACUACUCCGAGGAGACUAGCAGUGACCAGGGCAACGAGGACGAGGAGGAGCCCAAGGAGGCCAGUGGCAGCACAGAGCUGCACUCCAAUGAGAAGUGGUUUCACGGGAAGCUCGGGGCGGGACGGGACGGGCGGCACAUCGCCGAGCGCCUGCUCACGGAGUACUGCAUCGAGACCGGGGCCCCCGACGGCUCCUUCCUCGUGCGCGAGAGCGAGACUUUCGUGGGCGACUACACCCUCUCCUUCUGGCGGAACGGCAAAGUCCAGCACUGCCGGAUCCACUCCCGGCAGGACGCAGGGACCCCCAAGUUCUUCCUGACAGACAACCUCGUCUUCGACUCACUCUAUGACCUCAUCACACACUACCAGCAGGUGCCCCUGCGCUGCAACGAAUUUGAGAUGCGCCUCUCAGAACCCGUCCCGCAGACCAACGCCCACGAGAGCAAAGAGUGGUACCACGCGAGCCUGACCAGAGCGCAGGCCGAGCACAUGCUGAUGCGCGUCCCCCGGGACGGGGCCUUCCUGGUGCGGAAACGGAAUGAGCCCAACUCAUACGCUAUCUCCUUCCGGGCUGAGGGCAAGAUCAAGCACUGCCGCGUCCAGCAGGAGGGCCAGACUGUGAUGCUGGGCAACUCAGAGUUUGACAGCCUCGUGGACCUCGUCAGUUACUACGAGAAGCACCCCCUGUACCGCAAGAUGAAGCUACGCUAUCCCAUCAACGAGGAGGCGCUGGAGAAGAUCGGCACAGCGGAGCCCGACUACGGGGCCCUGUAUGAAGGCCGCAACCCCGGCUUCUACGUGGAGGCGAACCCAAUGCCGACUUUCAAGUGCGCCGUCAAAGCUCUCUUCGACUACAAGGCCCAGAGAGAGGACGAGCUGACUUUCACCAAGAGCGCCAUUAUCCAGAACGUGGAGAAGCAGGAAGGAGGCUGGUGGCGUGGUGACUAUGGUGGGAAGAAGCAGCUGUGGUUCCCGUCAAACUACGUAGAGGAGAUGGUCAGCCCUGCGGCCCUGGAGCCUGAGAGGGAGCACUUGGACGAGAACAGCCCCCUGGGGGACUUGCUGCGGGGGGUCUUGGAUGUGCCGGCUUGUCAGAUAGCCAUCCGUCCUGAGGGCAAGAACAACCGGCUCUUCGUCUUCUCCAUCAGCAUGGCAUCGGUGGCACACUGGUCCCUAGAUGUGGCUGCCGACUCACAGGAGGAGCUGCAGGACUGGGUGAAGAAGAUCAGGGAGGUGGCCCAGACCGCCGAUGCCAGGCUCACUGAGGGGAAGAUGAUGGAGCGGAGGAAGAAGAUCGCCCUGGAGCUCUCCGAGCUUGUCGUCUACUGCCGGCCUGUUCCCUUCGACGAAGAGAAGAUCGGCACAGAACGCGCCUGCUACCGGGACAUGUCGUCCUUCCCGGAAACCAAGGCUGAGAAGUACGUGAACAAGGCCAAAGGCAAGAAGUUCCUCCAGUACAACCGGCUGCAGCUCUCCCGCAUCUACCCCAAGGGCCAGCGGCUGGACUCCUCCAAUUACGACCCCUUGCCCAUGUGGAUCUGUGGCAGUCAGCUGGUGGCCCUCAACUUCCAGACCCCAGACAAGCCUAUGCAGAUGAACCAGGCCCUCUUCCUGGCCGGCGGGCACUGUGGCUACGUGCUGCAGCCGAGCAUCAUGCGCGACGAGGCCUUCGACCCCUUUGACAAGAGCAGCCUCCGCGGGCUGGAGCCGUGUGCCAUCUGCAUCGAGGUGCUGGGGGCCCGGCAUCUGCCGAAGAAUGGCCGAGGCAUCGUGUGUCCUUUCGUGGAGAUUGAGGUGGCCGGUGCUGAGUAUGACAGCACCAAGCAGAAGACGGAGUUUGUGGUGGACAAUGGACUGAACCCCAUGUGGCCAGCCAAGCCCUUCCACUUCCAGAUCAGUAACCCCGAAUUCGCCUUCCUGCGCUUUGUGGUGUAUGAGGAAGACAUGUUUAGUGACCAGAACUUCCUGGCUCAGGCUACCUUCCCGGUGAAGGGUCUGAAGACAGGAUACAGAGCGGUGCCUUUGAAGAACAACUAUAGUGAGGACCUGGAGUUGGCCUCCCUGCUCGUCAAGGUCGACGUUUUCCCUGCCAAGCAGGAGAACGGCGACCUCAGUCCCUUUGGGGGUGCGUCCCUGCGGGAGCGGGGCUGCGACACCUCGGGCCAGCUGUUUCACGGCCGGGCCCGGGAAGGCUCCUUCGAAGCUCGCUACCAGCAGCCAUUUGAGGACUUCCGCAUCUCCCAGGAGCAUCUCGCCGACCAUUUUGACAGUCGGGAACGAAGGGCCCCGCGAAGGACUCGGGUCAAUGGAGACAACCGCCUCUAGCUGUGCCCCAGCCUCGUUGAGAGCAGCGGGUGCUGUGCACCUCACGGAGGGCCGUGGACUGGGUUCCUGGAAAGCUGCCUGCGUGGCAGCCUUCCUGGCCUUGCCACCUGGAGCCUGGAUUCCAGCAGUGGACGCUAGACGGAAAGCAUGCCGUUAAUGAAAUGUAUCACUCACUCUUCGGGGCCUCCAUGCCCCAGCUCUGGGUGAAGGCAAAAACUGUACUGUGUCUCGCAUUUAAGCACACACAUCUGGCCCUGCCUUCUGGAGAUGGAGCCUUCCAUCUGUGGGACCAGGACCACGGCCGCAGCCUCUCAGAGAGAGAGGCUGCCUCAGCCGGCAGCACGGGAGGCUCUGAGGGGCCACUGACAUUCCUGAGAGGAGGGAAGGAGGAGCAGCUUUGCUGGGCUAGGGCGACGAAGUUUACAUAGUCCUGUAGCUUUAAAACCACAGCCGGGAAGGGAGGGAGGGUAGGUGUUCCCGCAGUUCGGCCCUGGGAGGAGCACAGAGCCUGCCUGGAGAGGAGGACACAGCACAAGGGCACGUUGCCCACGACCAGGAGCACCACCCAGCCUGACAGACGCGGGGCCGCGUGGGAACAUAGCAGCACUGGGCAGCUGGGCUGC